AUGCAACAAGAAACCGAAUUACGCUUAGAAAAUAGUAGCCGUCUACCUCUACGAAAACGUAUGGCCCCAAUCUUAAAAUGGCAACCUGUCGAAACACCUGAAGAACACUAUAAACAAAAAGCAACAUACCCACCACCAUACCCUUCUUCUUCAGAUGUCUCUGACGGUGGAGGAGGAGAUACCACUGAAACAGACGAAGAAAAAAAGAGAUCCUCAUCCGCAACACCCAGCGAAAGGCCUGCAAAAAAAGUAAAGAGAGGAAGACCACCAUUAGCCAAACAAGUCGUGCUUAACUCUCCUCAACCAGCAACACCCACAUUAUUCUCAACAAGACCUCCAUUACCUCCACCACUAGACCCUUCCUCAAUAGAUUCAAGCACACUCUACUGUUUCUGUAAACGACCCUAUGAUGUGCCUCGAUUCAUGAUUGCAUGCGACAAAUGUGAUCAAUGGUUUCAUGGCGAAUGCAUCCAAAUCAGUGAAAAACAAGGCGAAUUCAUCGACCUCUAUUUCUGCGAAAGCUGCGCCAAAGCACGUGCUCGUAUCGAACUCGCAGAAAUGAAGAAACGCAAUGCCACAUCAGACCCACAAAGUCAUUACAAUCCUCUCUCGCGCGGCAAACUCAGUUCCUUUGCUGACCAGGAUGAUCGUUCAAGGUUAACCAGAGUCAAGGAUGAAAAGCUACAUGCCAAAUUCAUUAUUGCCAUUGGCGAGCACAAGUCCGAAUUACUCUCGUUAUUAAUACAGCAUGAAAAGGAAGAACUGUGUGGUUUUGACUCAAGGCUUUCAUGGUCGGAUACACUCUGGGAAAAGGUUGCUCAUGUCGAACAAGGCGAAGACAAUAAUCAUCUCCUGACAGACUCGGAAGGUCAUCGCGUCGCUCCCAACAAGUCAUUCACCCAAUGUCAACAACCUCGCAAAUGCAAUAAACAUGCUAACUGGCAAAAACUAAAGACGUUUGAACUCGAACAAGAAAGAUCCGAACAAUUCGUCAUCUUGACCAUGCUCGAAAGAGAACGCCAACAGAUUAAAGCUCGCAUGAAGAAACGAAGGGAGGAAGUUGAUCUGGUUGACUUUUUAGAAAACGGAACUAUUCAUCAUAAAUAA